AUAGUUGUUAAUCUUUUGUGAGUGAUUUAUUUAUUCUUAAAAGUUAACUCAUUUUAACUAUCGUAAUUUUUCUAUAUUUUACUGUAUAGUAUAUAAUACUGUAAAUAAUUUUAAUUUGUCUGUUGCUUUAUUCUUUUUCUUAUGUUAUAAUGAAAUAAUUCCAAUAUAUUUAUAAUCUAUUAUAUUCAAUGGAUUCUAAUUACGUCGAACUGGAUGAUAAUGUUUUAAGUCAAAUACUUAAAACUGAAACAGAUUUACGUGAUUAUUCACAACAAAUUGAAAGUACGUUAAAAAGUCAAGAGAAUCUUGCUAUUGACAAGUAUAUAAAAGCAGGUGAUCAAAUUGUAACUCUACAUAAGAAUUUAAAAGAAUGUGAAAAUAUCCUUGAAAACACGGAAUCUGUACUGUUUACUUUUCAAGAGGAAUUAAAAAAUAUUACCAAUGAAAUCACUAGAAUACAGCAAAGAUCAAUCUCCAUGGCACAGCAACUGUGUAAUAGACAAUCUGUUAAAGGACUUCUACGUCAAUUUAUUGAUGAUAUUGUUAUACCAGAGAGUCUUAUAGUAGCAAUUACAACUUGCACUGUUGUUGAUGAGAACUUUUCUUCAAAUUUAUCAUUAUUGAACUACAAAAUAUUAUUUAUUGAUGAACAAAAUUUUAAAGAUGUUAAAUCACUAAAUGAUGUUAAAGGUGUUAUAGAAAAUUUAAAAAUUGUAGCGUUAACAAAAAUAAGGCAAUUUAUUCUUGAGCAAAUCAAUAAAUUCAAAAAACCAACAACUAAUUACCAUAUACCUCAAAAUACCUUAUUUGAAUAUAAAUUUUUAUUUGAAUUUUUGUUAAAUCAUGAUUCAAUAUCAUCUCGAGAAAUACUGAAUGAGUAUAUUGAUGCUGUUAGUAAAGUAUAUUACACAUACUUCAAAUCAUAUUUAAGUUACUUACAGAAAUUCCAGUUUGAAGAAGCUGCUACUAAGGAUGAUUUAUUAGCAGCUGAGGACCCUACAACACGAUCUUUGUUUCAAAAAUCAAUGAAAAAAAAUACUGUAUUUACAAUUGGAAAUAGAGCUAAUGUUUUAAAUGAAAUUGAUUCAGCAAUUAUUAUUCCCCAUCAAAAUAAUCUUACUAAUCUAUCAUUUGAAGCAUUGUUUCGAUCAGUUCAAUAUGCUCUCGUUGAUAAUGCUUGCCGUGAGUACAAAUUUGACUGUGAAUUUUUCAAAAUAGAUGAACCACAAGCUCAAAGUCUUUUUUCUCAAAUAAUGGGUAAAACCCUUGGACUUCUAAUAAAAAAUUUGGAAAAUUUUGUUGAAAAUUGUUAUGAUGCUUUAGCAUUAUUUUUAUGUGGACAGUUAAGUAUGAGAUAUCAAACUAUUUGUCAAAAACGACUUGUACCGGUUCUUACUCAAUAUUGGGAUACUCUAUUAGCUAUGAUUGGUAUGCGUUUUCAAUUUAUAAUGAAACGUCAUGUUCAAAGUGUAAAAGAUUAUGAUAUUUCUAAAUUUAAUAAAGAGACAAAACCUCAUUUUGUUAUGAGACGGUAUGCUGAACUUGUAUCAGUUAUAAUUUCAUAUAGUGAUAAUAACAGAUGUGAACAUGAACUUCUGUGUAACCUUACUGAAGAAGUUUUAGGUUUAGUUCUUCGCAUUGCUACUAUGUUUAGUACACGCAAAGACCGUUUAAUAUUCUUAAUUAAUAAUUACGAUUUAGUUUUACGUAUUUUAAUGGAACGUAUAAGAGAUAAUACUUUUGAAGUGGACAGAUUUAAGGAAGAGCUAUCAGCUAGAAGUAAAGACUAUGUAGAUGAAGUACUUCAUGUUUAUUUUGGUGGAAUGAUGGAGUUUGUAAACGAUGCAGAAAAUGGGCGCAAUAUUGAUUCAGAUUCUAGACAAUUAGGCUUAGCUAAAACAUUUGCAUCUACGUGGAAAAUGUCUCUAGAAGAAAUUAAUAAGGAAAUUCUUCCAUCUUUUCCCAAUUUGACCACUGGAGCAUCUUUAUUACAAUUAGCUUUCUCCCAAUUUAUAGAUUAUUACCACAAAUUUCAAAAAGCAUUACUAGCUCCAAAUAAAGCACAAUUGCCCAAUAUUCAUGUUAUUAUGAUAGAAUUAAAAAAGUAUAAAACUAAUUACUAAAAAUAUUUUUAUUUUAAUUAGAAAAAUUGUUUAUAAUUUAUGAUCGAAUUUGUUUAUUUUACAACAAAAAAUCUUUACUAUUGAAAAAUAUUAUUGUAAUUUAAAAUAUUUAUUGUAUUUGUUAAUAAAUUUAUACAUUUUUAUUAAUUAUAUUC